AAAUCACACGCGCGCGUACAAAGUAGUAUUUUCAAUGUAGGUUAAAAUACGGCUGUGACUGUGCGACUUUUAUUUUGACAUCUUUUACAUAACAGGAAGUGCCUGACUGCGUGACUGUCAAGCUGUAGGACAUGGGGGUUAAAAUAGAGGUUUUUAGGAUGAUGGUGUAUCUGUCGUUUCCAGUGGCGAUGUUUUGGAUAUCAAACCAGGCGGAAUAUUUUGAGGAAUACAUCGUGAAGCGAAAGAGGGAAAUCUUCCCACCUGAUGAGAAAAUGCAUAGGCAGGAGCUGGAGGAUUUCAAGGAGCGCAUGAGAAAGCGAAGGGAGCAGAGGAUGCUGAAACAGAUGGGCAUGCAGUCUGAGGAAUGACUCCAAAACCGCAGCACUUCUUAUGCAUCAUAAUGUGACCUUGGGAUCAAGCUUUCCUGUGUUACAUGGAAAGACUAUAAUGCCUUUUCCAAAGUCUCAAACCAAAUAGUGGGAAACAUAAGACUAUUGUUUAUGGGCAUAAUUUAAGAAAUGGGUGGGGAAAAUGUAUAUUUUUGUAAAUAUAUAUGUUUCAUUGCCUUUGAAAGUUCGCAAUCGAAUGGUUUGAUUUUAUUGUGUGUAAUCUGAAUUUCUUCAUAGUUGUGAAAACACUGCAUUUUGUUGUUGCUGUUUUUUAUUGAAAAUAAAUAAAUGAAUUGUAUUAUA